CUGCAAGCCAAGGCGCGCUUUGGAACAGCGCUCUCAUACUCCCCUUGUUAGCCCUUCCCCAUUAUCGCUGCUUUCUGGAAUCCUAUGGGAGGAGGCCCCAUUGAACUCCGUGGGAUCUCCCUGAGGCUGAAAAAUCCCCUGGCGCUUACCUGGGAGUAAGUCCCAUUGACUCCACUGGGGAGGCAUGCCUAGGAUUGCGCUGUUGUUUUUAAAACGCCCUUUCCCUGUCUUUACUUCGGCCUGUCAGUCAACGGGAGGAGUUUUGUCUGUCAGCAGGCCUUGUGACCGGAAGGGCCGGGGAGCCGCCCCCGGAGGAAGAAUCAGCUGCGGUGGCUCGCAACGGUGGCGGGAUCGCCGCUGACACUACCGGGGCCUGGAGCCGGUGGAAGAGCCUGGGCUGGCUGGUCUUGGCUGGAGCCGGGCAGAGUGAAGGGAACGAGGGAGAGGCCUCGGCUCUGACAGACUCGGUAAAAGGGGGGUUAGGCGCUGCCUCUUCCACCUUCUCCCCUACACUCGUCCAGUUCUCCCUCCCCACUUCCUAUCAUCUCCCAACGACCCGGCUUGGUCCAGUCAGCAUCCUGCUGUUGCGUUUUACCCAGCCCAGAGCCUGCAGCCCCCCCUCCGGGUGGGCGUGGUGUCCUGGGUGCAGGUGCUGCCAACCUAGCCUUGCGUUUUUUGCCUUCGUUGCUGCCGCUAACAAAGCACAGGUCCCAUUUGUUAUCUGACAUCCGGAAAGCGUGAUGAGUGUCAAGGCCUUCAAGCUUGUCCCUGCAGUUGAGCGGGAAAUGCUAAUGGGUGAUAAAGCUCGAAUCAAUAUUGAAUGCAUUGAGUGCUGUGGAAAGAACCUGUAUAUUGGAACUAAUGACGGUUCCAUCUAUUACUUCCUUUUGGAAGAAAAGAACUCACCAGCUGAAAAAAUGUCUUUUUCUGUCACCAAGCAGCUGCAUAAAUACCUGAGUUUUCGGAAGGCUGUGGGAGAGCUGAAAGCAGCUUCAGCACUUAACAGACUUCUGGUGCUUUGUGACAAUACCAUAACAUUGAUGAACAUGGUGAAUUUAGAACCCAUCCCCACAGGGGCUCGAAUCAAGGGAGCUGUGACAUUCACUUUGAAUGAGAAUCCUGUGAGUGGGGACCCAUUCUGUGUUGAGGUUUGUAUUGUUUCCGUCAAACGGAGGACCAUCCAGCUCUUCUUGGUAUAUGAGGACCGAGUCCAGAUUGUGAAGGAGCUCCUCACUUCUGAGCAGCCCUGCGCUGUGGCUGUAGAUGGCCACUAUUUAUGCCUCGCUCUCACCACCCAGUACAUUAUUCUGAAUUAUGAUACUGGAGUCUCCCAAGAUCUGUUUCCUUACUCUAGUGAAGAGAGACGACCAAUUGUGAAAAGAAUAGGCAGGCAAGAGUUCCUGCUGGCUGGACCUGGAGGACUAGGUAUGUUUGCAACUGUUGAUGGCAUUUCCCAGCGUGCUCCUGUUCACUGGUCAGAAAAUGUGAUUGCUGCUGCCCUCUGCUUUCCUUAUGUAGUUGCUCUGGAUGAAGAGUUCAUUACGGUGCAUAGUAUGCUGGACCAGCAGCAAAAACAAACACUAUCCUUUAAGGAUGGUCAUAUCCUACAGGACUUUGAAGGCAAAGUAAUUGUGGCUACCACCAAAGGGGUAUACAUCUUGGUCCCACUACCUCUGGAAAGACAGAUCCAGGAUCUUUUGGCCAGCCACAGAGUUGAAGAAGCAUUAAUCUUAGCAAAGGGAGCCCGAAGAAAUAUUCCAAAAGAGAAAUUUCAGGUUAUGUACAAACGAAUCCUGCAGCAAGCAGGAUUUAUACAGUUUGCACAGCUUCAGUUCCUAGAAGCAAAAGAACUCUUCAGAGGCGGCCAGCUUGAUGUCCGGGAGCUGAUUUCUCUCUACCCCUUCCUGUUGCCUACUUCCUCUUCCUUCAUGCGAACUCACCCUCCCCUCCACGAAUAUGCUGACUUAAACCAGCUGACGCGAGGGGACCAGGAGAAGAUGAUCAAGUGCAAACAGUUUCUCAUGAGCUACCUGAAUGAAGUGCGCAGCACUGAUGUUGCGAAUGGCUACAAGGAAGACGUUGAUACAGCUUUGUUGAAGCUCUAUGCAGAGUCCAAUCAUGAAAGUCUUCUAGAUCUACUGGUCUCAGAGAAUUUCUGUCUUCUCACAGAUAGUGCUGCGUGGCUGGAAAAGCACAAAAAGUUCUUUGCACUUGGGCUUCUGUAUCACUCAAAUGGUCAAGAUGCGGCAGCGCUACAGUUAUGGGUAAAAAUUGUUAAUGGAGACCUCCAGGACUCUACACGCACAGACCUUUAUGAGUAUAUAGUAGACUUCCUUACCUCCUGCUUGGACCACGAAUUGGUGUGGAAGUAUGCAGAAUGGGUCUUACAGCGAAGUGAAGAGGUUGGAGUAUACGUCUUCACUAAAAGGCCCUUGGAAGAAGAAGAACAGAAAAACAGCUUUAAUCCAGAUGAUGUCAUCUGCUGCCUUAACAAAUAUCCCAUAUCACUAGUAAAAUAUUUAGAGUUCUUGGUUCUGGAAAGAAGAGUGAAAAAGGAAAAAUACCACACCCAUCUAGCAGUACUUUACUUGGAGGAAGUGUUGCAUCUAAAAUCACUGGGUGCAGAGAAGUAUGAAAAACUGACCAAAACACAGCUGAAACUGCGGUGUCUUCUGCAGAAAUCUGACUUUUAUAGAGUUCAUUUUAUCUUAGAUAAAAUCAGAGGCACAGAUCUUCUUAUGGAGUGUGCAAUACUAUUUGGAAAACUGGAAGAGCAUGACAAAGCUUUAAAUAUCCUGGUCCAUGAACUGAAGGAUUUCGCCGCUGCUGAGGAUUACUGUGUGUGGAAUUCAGAGAGCAAAGACCUUCCUUACAGACAGAAACUUUUUCAUAUGCUGCUUUCGGCAUAUUUAAGUUCCAGCACAUCAGAACCCAAACUGGAUAUGGCUGCUGUAGAUCUCUUAAAUAAUCAUGCGGCUGAAUUUGAUGCAGCAUGCGUUUUGCAGCUUAUACCUGACACCUGGUCAGUUCAACUUCUCUCCUCGUUCCUGAGUGGCGCAAUGCGGGAAAGCAUUCAUGCACAAAGAAUGACCCAGAUUGCACUGGGCUUAGCAAAAACUGAGAACCUUACUUACAAGUAUGAGAAGGUAAAGUUAAAAGGGAUCCCGACUGUUGUCUCAGACAGAAAACUCUGCCAGGUGUGUCAAAGCCCUUUCUGUGAGCCUGCAUUUGUCAGAUAUCCUAAUGGUGGCGUAGUCCACACACACUGUGCUGCAAACAGACUUGUGAAUUCUAACACAAACCACCAUUUAUCCAGCCCUAGUGGACGGACAUGAAAUGAGAUGCUUCUUGCUGUGUGUGUUAACUCCUUGGAAUUACCAAGGACAAUCUGCUGGAUAAAAGAACAGACAAGUCAGGCAGAGAGGUUGCCCUGUGAUGGACAGGAAGACUUCAGUCAAUGCGAAACAUGGCCUCUUAACUGCUGAACUGUUAUGAAUGUAGGUGGCACAAAUAAUUGUUUAUAUAAAAUGAACAAAUACUUUCCUCACAAUAAUGGUGAGUGUAAGGGAGGGGGUAGGCAGGGGAAAACGUUUUUUAAAUUAAAACUUGCACUGAAUGUGGUGAUCAACAGGUCUUAGAAGGAGAGGGGCUGAUGGGCAAAAAACCCUGAUUAUUCUGCCUCUUGAACAUGUGAUAUGAAGCAGCACUUCUUCGAGAGCAGAGCUGCAAUGUUCUCAGCUGGAUCUAAAUUUUGCCGACUGGGACAGCAUCAUGAACUUGUUCUGUGCUCUUCAUACUGUUUUGUUUUUUGAGAAAGAUUUGAUGCACUUUGAGCCUUUGUUCUCCUUCUCUGCUGUGUCACGUCCAUUUAUUACAAAACCCAUUGAAGCACUUGCCUGUUAGGAGUUCCUGCUCUAACUAGGAGCAAGAGGGAGGCAUGACGACUGGAACUGUGAAAAGUCACUGUUUCUGACACUAUUAAUCACAAUGAAGCCACCAGUGUCUGUCAUAUGGGUUCAUAAACCAUUGGCUCGCGAUGGGGAGGAAGAGUCUUUAAUAAAUGUAAUGACUUAUUUAUUAUCAUACAGAUGUUCUGUAAAUACGGUUGAAUGAAAUGGUUUUAUAUCAACAUGUUCAACAUGUAGUCAGUAAUUCCAGGUAUAGCUUUUGAAGAGUCUACACCUGACAUCUUUUGGAGUCCCUGUAAGUAAAGAAAUCUGUGCCUCUAAUCUCCUUUGCAGGAAGGGGUUCAUCCAAAGGGGUAAGGGUGCUGUCAUGACAUGAGUAGUUGCAUCCUAAAGGUGCUGAGUAAGCUUGAUAACAAUAAAUGCUGUAUGGAUUCUGAAGUAGUAGUGUGCCAAACUUUUUGAAAGAUGCCACUGUGUGUGAUACCUACUUUGAUGUUGCUUUCUAACUGGUAAUGUCCUGCUGUCUUACUGCAUUCCUUAUGCACCUAUGUCUGCCUCUCUAGAUCACUCCUAAUACUCAGUUUCAGAGACUGGGAAACCAGUGCUACCUCUUUGAGUGAAAGCUUUAUGUUUUGGAAAAGCACAGCACAAAAAAUAAAGAAAACCUAAAGCAAGAUUUUUUAGGUUUUCUGCACCAUAUAACCUGUUGUACUUUCUGCUUGUAACCUACGUUCCUGAAUGAAAAUGGGCAACAAGUGACUGUAGUCCAUGAGCGUACCACUAGUGUUUCAAGAGUUUCCCCUCCCAUUAGGUUUAGUCAACUCUUAUGUUUAAAAAGUGAUUUAAUAGAGGGAAUAAUUUUGGCUUCAUGGGUCAGGUCCUUAUCACAUCCUAGCCUCGUGGGCCAACUUCGACAGGUGGACAGUAAUGAUGGCAGGUGAUUGGGUGGUUUGGAGCACCUGAGGCUUUGAUUUUACCACCCAUCAGCUGAUAGGCAGUAGAGCCAAAGCCUGCUUUUUGUUGCCACUGCACAAUCGGGAUUGCAUUUUAAGGCUCCCAAUUGUGCAUGGGCAGCCACAACCUACCCCACACCUCAUGCCACAUGGGGAAAUGUUCCUCAUGGGCCAAGCUUGGCCUGCAGGCCAGAGGUUCCUUGCCCCAGUAUAAAGGGAAACACACAGGACCGUUUUUUCUGUGGACCACAACCAGUGUUACAAGGGAUACCUUCUUUAGAAAAACUAUGUACCCCUUGAAACUGGAUAUGUUUCAUGAUAAGUAACUGUUGAGCAUUUUUAAGUUAUUUUGUUGCCAUAGUCUAAAGACUCGGUUAAGCAUAUAACUAAUUCACCAGCUGGCCUUUCCUUUAGGCUUGAUCAUGUUUUCUUUUGUGUCUUUAAAGGCAUCUUUAAAGUUUAAUUUUAUUGUAAUAACCAUUUCACUUUAGAAAAUAAAGAAUAAAUAUAACUAAGUGAUACAACAUAAGCAUAUAUACAGGAGAUAAUAAAUAGAAUUUGGUAACAUUUUUAAAAAAGGCUAAGCAUCCUUAAGACGAGGUCAGCACAAACUGUGGCUAAUCAGAUUGCUCCUAAUAAAAAGUAUGGUUGCCCUGCAUGUUGUAACUUAUCAGUCUAGUAAUGUACAAAAAAGACUCCCUUAAUGAUCAUGUUGUUGCCUUCCCCUCUCAUACUCUCUCCUUAUAAGUAAGUUAAGCCAUAUCCUAAAUUCUCAUGCACCACUUGUCAACAGAAAGCGAGUUCCUCAUUUUCCAUCUCUGAUGGCUAACUUGGCCACCAUUAAAAAGUGUGCUACCAUUUUGACAUCAGCUGGAAGCAUAUCCUUUACAUAGCUUAAUAGCAUUAGUAAUUACCUAUAAUCUUUUAAAUUUCAUUAUUACAGUUCCCUAAUAAUUCACAAUUUAGGACAAAUCCAAAAGAUGUAGAAUGUUGGCUUUAUCUGAGUUACGAAGCCAACGUUUUUCUUCUACAAGUUUAUAUUCAACUCUGCCUAUUACCACCUCAAAUUUAUUUUAUAAAAUGCUUCUGAGGUUCAUACACGCCAAGGAGUGUAGGACAUUUUUCCACAUCCAAGUCCAUAUUCCGAGUAUAAUAUCUUUGCAAAAUGUGAUAAGACAUGUCUCAUAGUAUCCAAGUGUUACAUAAUUUUGUAUAUUGGGCUCAUGUUUUUCUUGGCUAUCUGAUGACACCACUGCAAAAGUUGUGCAAUCUCUUGAAGAACAAUGCUUAACUUAUAAAUAUUGAAAUAAAGGGA